UCACUUCACUUCAUAUCUUUUUUAAUUUAUUUGACACUCAUGGAAAGCCCAAGAUUGAAAAUCAACACCCAAAAGUGUGUGAAGAACAGUAAUUCUUACAACAAUGAUGCUGUUCGUUCGCCGAGUAGACCUGUGAAAUCGGUCUCAACUUCCCUUCCUAUCAAAACAAAAUCUUCGUCUAUCACAACAAAUACUUCAACGAAAGAAAACAUGAGUUCUUUGGAUUUCAAACUCCAAACUAUGGCGAAAGAAAACACUAAAUUCACAGAGAUCAAACUCCAAACUAAGGAAAGAGCAGUAAAACGUGCUUUCUUUAACUACUCGGUAGCAACCAAACUCUAUCUUAUGGAACAACAAAAGAGACAAAUAGAGAGGAUACAAAAGAUUAUCGAGGAAGAAGAGGUUCGAAUGUUGAGAAAGGAGAUGAUCCCACGAGCUCAAUUGAUGCCUCUAUUUGAUCGGCCUUUUAUUCCACGAAGAUCCACAACUCCUACAAGAGUUGCAAAAAAGCCAAGUACUCAAGAAGCACAUAGGAACAGCUUGUCGUGCACUCGGGAAUUCUAUGAUCUCAGAGGAAACGAAGCGCAUUGAUCACCAUAUAUGAUUAUUGAUCAUGUAUCAUACUUUAAUACAAUUCCCCCUGCCAAUGUAUAUAUAUUGAGCUCAUAACCAUUAUGGUAUUUUCUGGCGGGGCUUACAGAAGAGUGAUUUUUGAUUUCUGAGCAGAGGAAAUUUUAGUAGGAUUUUCUUGAAUAAAGUCAGAGGUGAAUGGCUAGAAUAAAGUGUUAGGUUGUGGUCUAGCUUAUGACCAGAACAAAAAAUCUAUUUUUUCCGAGAAAUGUUACACUUACAAACAAAUAUUUACAUACAGGUUUACAAAUUGCCGGGACACUAAAAUAAGGAGAGAGUAGAAAAAGAGAGAACAAAAUAAUUCUAUUGGUGUCAUGUGAAUUUGUAAAGCUUAUUUGUAAACAUUUGUUUAUUACUGUAAUAUUUCGGUUUUUUACUGU